GUUGCACUGAAUCUUGUUUUAUUAUUCGAUUGUUUGAUCCCACGGUGAGUCCCCGUUGUUACGCUCUUGUAGCAUCUAAACCUUGACAUUGCAGAGAAAAUGAACCGGAUAGGACGCCAGCUCUUUGUCCUAGGAUCAAACCGAGGUGUAUUACGACAAGAAAAAGUUCUCCGAGGAAAUAUUGUUCAAACUUGUAAUAUUUCCACUCUUGACUCGAUGUAUGAAAAGAUGAUUAGUCUUCCCGCAGUUCAUUACAUUGAAGAUUCAUUAGUUCAAUUUCAUGACGUCACAGGUAUACCCUGGUACGGUACAAUAAUAUUAUGUACGGCUAGCCUGAGACUAAUGAUAUCCCUCCCAGCCCAGACUACUUCACAGAAGGUUGCCAGUAAACGGUUUCUCCUCUUCAAAGAAAUGGAGGAAAUUAUAAUCCCGUCUUUACGCCGUGCUACAGAUCAACAAGUUUUGGUAAAUCGUUGGACGAAAGAGAAGGCUGUGAAGAGUUUCAAUAGAGUUGCGGCGCAAAUUAAAAGUCAGAAAGUUAUAGAGUACAACUGUCACAUGUCGAAACUAUUUAUACCUUUAUAUGUACAGAUUCCUGUCUGGGUGUUCACCUCUAUAGGGAUCCGAAACCUGGCCCUUAUGCGGGAGACCCAGGAGAGGUUUCUAACCGUACCAGUUCAAGAACGGUAUAUUCAACUAGCUGCAGAAGGAGCGUUAUGGUUUCCUAAUCUGACGGUUCCCGAUAUAUCCUUAAUUCUCCCGUUCAUCGUCGGUUCAUCCUUCGCCUUGAAUAUAUUUAUCUCCUCCUGUCGGAUCAAAUCCUCGGAGAAAACUGAAACCAAAUACUCCAAAGUUAUAACUUAUUUUCUCUACGCUAUCUCAGCACUGAUGGUUCCUUUAGCGGCUGUUCAACCCUCAGCUCUAGCUCUAUACUGGGCAACUAGCGGAGUAGUCGGGGUUGGGAUGAAUCUUCUCCUCCUCUCUCCAACGUAUAGAAAACUUGUGAACAUCCCUAAAAUAUCAAAAGAUUCUGAAACACCCUAUGUUGAUCUUAAAGAAAAUAUGUUAGCUAAACUAACUUUUAAAAGAAGAGAAUAAGACUGGAGUCCUUUUUUAUUAAAAAUGAAUUUUAAAAAAAUUUGCAGAAAAA